AAUCUCUCCAACUCCAAGCAAGAACGAAAGAACAGUAAAACAACACAAACAACACAGUCAUCUCUAUCUCUCUCUCUCUCUCUCUCUCUCUCUUUCUCUCUCUCUCUCCCUUCCCCAACCGUCUGGUGUGAGAGCUUGAAAAGCAAACCACCGGGCGGUUGAGCAAGCAGCUGCAGAGCAGAAACAGAGGCCCAGUUAGUUCCUCCUGCAAAGAAGAAGCUUCAGACCUUUAAAUACCCUGAAACCUUAAACCCCUCUCAAGGGACAAGACAUGAUCUCCUCUGCCUUCCUGGAACAGCAGAAACAGAGGGCAGUUGUUGUCGAAAUCUGAAGAAACUCAAAAGGCAACAGCAACGGCCACAUGAAGUUGCUGCUGAAUAAUGGCCUCCCCGCCUUGGAAGGUGGGCCCGGGGAGAAAGGCAGCGGCCGAGGGAAGCGGACGGUGGUGGUCGGCGUGAAGCUCAACCAGCAGAGCCGGGAGCUGCUCACUUGGGCUAUGGUGAAAGUUGCAGAGCCCGGGGAUCAAGUGCUCGCUAUUCAUGUUCUUCGCAGUAAUGAUAUCGUGGAUCGAAAUGGGAAGCCAUCACUGCUGUCGCUGGUCAGAGCUUUCGACUCUGUUCUUGCUGUCUAUGAAGGCUUCUGCAACUUGAAACAGGUGGAUCUUAAGCUCAAGAUCUGCAGGGGCGCCUCGGCUCGUGAAAUCCUUGUCCGGGAAGCGAAACUCUGCUCAGCAACAAAAGUCAUAGUGGGGGUUGCGCACAGGCGGAUUAAAUUGCGGCGGCCAACCUCCGUUGCCAAGUACUGCGCUGAAAAUCUCUCCAAGGAUUGCUGCGUUUUUGCAGUAGACGACGGAAAAAUCAUUUAUCAAAGAGAGGGACAUCUUGCCAAAAUCUGCACUUCACAAGGCACUAUCAAGCGACAUCAUCAUCGUCCGAACAGUUUGUUAAAUGUGUUUCACCGGUCCGUAUCUAGGAACACAAAAGUAUUGAAUGAAGGAGGAGCGGAUUCAAAUUUCCAUCCAGGUCCGGGGAAGAAUCACGGUGUUGAGCAGUCUUUGGAGCAGGCCUUAGUUGAAGCAGCGGCUUUCGAUAGUAAAAUGAGGGAUGAUCUAAAGCGGAAAUGCUCGACUUGUGCUGCUUUGAACACCCAAGAGAAUGCAGGCAUCGAGGAAGAUGAAAAAUCUUCUUUGGCCAUAGUCCCAUCAAAUUCAGUUUCUACACUGAUCAGUGAUCAUUCAGAACGGCAACCUGGCUGGCCCCUCCUACGUCGGGCAGUUCUAUUGGAGCGAACAGGUCUAGAGAACUCCUCCGCAAGGGAGAUCUCGGUGGUUCAGUGGGCCAUGAGGUUGCCUAGCAGGCAAUGCUUAUUUUCAAACAUCAGUUUGGAUAAUAAAAAACAAAUAUGUCCCAGAAAAGCUGAAGACGGUUCCACAGAUGAAUUAGAUGGAGAAAGCGGCGCGAUUGUUCUUGUGGGUUCCGAAUCAGCGAUAACUCCUCCCAGUGAGAACUUUAGAAGCUUGCCAAAAGAGUUCGAGGGCCUCCAUGAGAAAUACUCCUCAAUGUGCCGGUUGUUCAAGUACGAGGAGCUUGUUUCCGCAACAUCGAACUUCUUGGCAGAGAAUCUGGUCGGCAAAGGAGGCAGCAGUCAGGUCUAUAAAGGGUGCCUUCGGGAUGGCAAAGAAAUUGCAGUGAAGAUUCUGAAGCAGUCUGAAGAUGUCUUGAAGGAAUUCAUUCUGGAGAUAGAGAUUAUUACGACAAUAAACCACAAGAACAUUAUUUCCCUUAUUGGUUUCUGCUUUGAUGCCAAUCAGCUUCUGCUGGUGUAUGAUCUCCUUGCUCGAGGAAGCCUCGAAGAGAACCUUUAUGGUAGUAAGAGAGAUCCUACUACAUUUGGUUGGGGGGAGAGAUAUAAGGUAGCUCUUGGAGUUGCAGAGGCCUUAGAUCACCUUCAUAGCAGUCGAGGCGAUCGACCUGUUAUUCAUCGGGAUGUGAAAUCGUCAAAUGUCCUAUUAUCCGAUGAUUUUGAGCCACAGUUAUCUGAUUUCGGACUUGCUAAAUGGGCAUCGACCUUUCCUACUCACAUUACCUGCACCGACGUUGCAGGAACUUUCGGUUACUUGGCUCCUGAAUAUUUCAUGUACGGUAAAGUUAAUGAAAAGAUCGAUGUCUAUGCAUUCGGUGUGGUGCUCCUGGAGCUUCUUUCUGGUAGAAAACCAAUUAGCAGCGAUGGCCCAAAAGGCCAGGAGAGCCUGGUUAUGUGGGCGACGCCGAUUCUUAAUGGUGGCAAGGUUACUGAAUUGUUGGACCCAAGCUUAGGAAAUAACUAUGACCAUGACCAGAUCGAGAGGAUGGUUCUAGCCGCCACCCUUUGCAUCAGACGGACUCCACGAUCUAGGCCUCAAAUGAGCCUUGUGUUAAAGCUCCUACAAGGAGAUGAGGACACGACUAAUUGGGCGAGGCUACAAGUAAGUUCUCCUGAAGAAUCUGAUCCGCUGUUGGAGGAUGAAUUAUAUACGAAAACGAGCAUCCAGUCCCACCUCAAUCUCGCAUUCCACGACAUGGAGGAUGACUCGCUUUCAGUGAGCAUCAUGGAGCAGAAUGUCUCAUUGGAAGACUACUUGCAAGGCCGAUGGAGCCGCUCUUCCAGCUUCGAUUAGCCCAAAUAAGUGCACGUCUCGUGCUCCAAUUUUUCUCUACAUCCUUCUGUACAUUCAAGUUUUCAUUUCUCAUUCUGUGGCUCAGUGUCGGUGCCGGUAUAGGGUGGGUGUUGGAUGAGAGGUGGUUUGUGGGUUAGCCCUCCUCCUCCCCUUAGCUAGGCCAAGUACAACUCUAUAUCAAACUAAUACCAGUAGGUUAGUGAGGGUCCCCUGAUGGGUGGGAUUGUUACAAUGCUAGGAGAAGAUUGAAGAGCUCUUCCUCGAAAAGGAUCGAGAGCAGAGUCCAUCGUUGAGACAUUGCGAUAUGAUGACGGUCUCAAGAAACCGAGACCGGGCAAUCAAGUUUCAUUCACAGUCUUGGAUACCAGUGCAAUAAAAGAAGGCAUUGUUUUUCUCCUCUGAAAUCAUUUGCUGGGUU